AUGUCAUCUAAUGUAUUUGAAACUUCAGAAGGUGAUUCUGCAGUGAAUAAAGCUAACAAGAUAAAACGUACCAAACCUAUUAGUGACUCAAUUGACGAUAUCGAUGAUGGUUUAGAUAAAUUAAUCAAUCAAUUUAAUGAUCUCCAUUCAGAUGAUGAUGAAGAUGAUGAUAACGAUGAUGAUGGCUUAGGUAACAUCAUCAAUCGAAAUGCACUCGAUAACUAUGAUGAAGAUGAUGAUGAUGAGGGACAUUUGUUUUUAUCUUCUACCGAAGAUGAUUAUGAUUCGAACGGUGAGUUGAUGGAAGAUGAUUAUGAUGAGAAUUAUGACUUAAAAGAUGCAUUAAGAAUGGCAGGAAAUUUCAAAGUUAGAAACAAAAAGAAAGGUAAUAGGUCAACUGCUUCUGCUUCAUCCUCAACAACAACCAAAUCUAAAUCCUAUUGGAAGCGAAAAAUGUUAAGAUCAACAAAUCGUGAAUUAGAUCCAGAAGUUAGAAUCAAUUUAUCAUUAGCUAAUGAAGCGUUUGUAAGAAACGAUUUACAAGUAGCUCAAAACCUUUAUCUCGAAGUUAUUAAAAAGGAUCCUAAGAAUUUCAAUGCUUAUAAGACGUUAGGAGAAAUUUAUAAACAACAAGGAAAAUUAAAUGAGUGUUGUAAUUGUUGGUUAUUGGCUGCUAAUAUUCAUCCCUGGGAUAGUCAGUUUUGGGGUAAUGUUGGAGAGUUAUCAAGUCAAUUGGGCCAUAUUGAUCAAGCUAUUCAUUGUUAUAGUAGGGCAAUUCAAUCAGAUACCAAUAAAAGCUAUCGAUUUGUAUUGGAAAGAGCUAUCCUCUAUAAGGAAAAAAAACAAUAUGGUAGAGCUUUAGAGGGAUUUCAAAGAGUAAGAUUACAAUUUCCUACUGAUUCAAAUAUUAUAAAGCACUUGGCUAGUGUAUAUGUUGAACAAAAAAGAUUGAACGAUGCCAUUAACUUAUACAUGAGGAUUCUAGACAAUAAUAUUAAUCCUAAUCUAAAUCUUAAUUCCAAACAAAAAUAUCCCAAGUUUGGAUGGGCAGAAUUAAACAUCUUAUUAGAAUUAUAUAUCCAACAGCAUUCUUGGAGAGUCGGGAUUAAAGUUAUAAAACUAGCAUCAAGAUGGUUGCAGAACCGUGAAAAUGAAACUUGGUGGGAUGAUAAUGACGAUGAUGCUGAGUUUGACGAGAAGAAGAGAUUCGAAGUCUUAGAUAAAUUAGUUACUGAUGAAUCCUCAGAAGAAACUCGCAAGAAGUUUUACCAUUUACCAAUUGAUAUAAGAUAUAAGAUCGGUAAUCUUCGAUUAGGAUUGAAUCAAAAAUCAAUAGCCAUGAACCAUUUUGAUUAUUUAUUAGAAGAUGAAGAAGAUAUAGCUGAUUUAUUCUUUGAAGCCGGAAAAGUUCUUGAAGAAAGUGGUUACCACGAAGAAGCAUUAACAUUUUUGACAAGAGCAUCCCUAAGCGACGAAUUUAAUACAUCUACUGAAUUAAUUAACUUGUUAGGAAAAUGCUUCAUAGAAGUUGGAGAUUAUAGCCAGGCAAAAGAUGCUUAUGAAACUUUAUUACACCACGAGCCUGAUAAUUUGGAUUAUAAAUUGGCAUUGGCUGAGGCAUUAUUCCACUUAGGCGACGAGAGAGCUGGUCGCUUAAUUGUUGAAGUUUACAAGAAGCAUCCAACGGGUGCAACUACUCUAGAAGUAGAUGAUAUUGAAAUACCAAAUAAAGAUGACGAAAAUAACAAUCUUUCAUUGAUUAAGAAUCAAAAAUUAAUUCGAAGUAAGUCAACCAAAUUGUCAGACCAAGAGAAGUUAGAAAUAGAAAACAACGCCAAACGUACCGUUCUUGAGAAAUAUAGAAGAAUGAUAAGAUUAGAAGAAUCAAUUAAUCAAGGUGAUAAAGUUGCUGUUACCGCAUGGAUGCAAUUAGCAUCACAAUUGGUAGAAAUGUUUAUGAGAGUUCGAAGUUUCUUCCCUCGAGAUAAAAACAGAACCUUCAAAGGGAUUGUUUUAUACAGAAGGAAAAAGCAAAUGGGAAUUGAUGAAAAAUUAGCCAGAAUGUAUAAUUUAUAUGAAGGGAUUGUCAAUGACGAAAAUUAUUCACGUCAAUUUUUAACUUCAAAAACAGAAUAUCGUGGUCUUAAUUAUAAUGAAUGGUUUAUAAUAUUCAUUCAAUACGCUAUAUUUCUAUCUAAAUUUGAUAACAAUGUUGAUUAUGGUAAUGAAAUUAUCGAAGUUGCUAUGUCUGUUAGUGUUUUUGUCCAAGACAAACAGAAAGAAGCUCUUUUACGGAUAUUGAAGUUAAUAAUAGGAAUUGAAAAAGAUGAAGCAAGUACUACUAUAACUACAUUCGUUAGAUUCUUUUUGAUCGCCAACCAAUUUUCCCCAUUCAUUUAUAAGUUUUUCAUCUGUUGUUAUGCAUCAGGAAUCAGAUGUUGGGACACAUUCACCAAUUAUAAUCAUCAAAAAUUCUUUUUACGUCAAUUGAAGGCUUAUGAUUCCAUUAUUCAAAAUAAAAGACUAACAGGAAUGGCAACUAUAACGGCUGAUGUUAAGAAUUUUAAACUUGCACGCGAGCAUCCUGAUUUGUUAUAUGUUUACGCUAAUUUAUUGGGUGGUAGUAGAAGUUAUGUAUCAUCAGUUGUCUAUCUCAAUCGUGCCUAUAAAGAAUAUAAUAAAGAUCCUAUGAUAUGUCUUGUGUUGGGUUUGGCUCAUGUUCAUCGAUCCAUGCAAAGAUUAACCAACAAUAGACAUAUUCAAUUACUACAGGGAAUUAGUUUCAUCUUAGAAUACAGAGACUUGCGUGAAAAGGACUCAACUGACUAUGAAAUACAAGAAAUUGAGUAUAACUUAGGCAGAUUGUUUCAUAUGUUAGGGUUGUUUUCAUUGGCGAUAAAUCAUUAUAAUAAAGUGUUUAAAUAUCAUGACACCUUAGAGGAUACUUACGAUUUACUGGUUGAUGCUGCCUAUAAUUUGACAUUAAUUUAUAACAUCAAUGGUAAUUCACUAUUAGUCCGUGAUUUAACUGAAAAGUAUUUAACUGUAUAA